AUGGCCGGGCGGCGAGUGAACGUGAACGUGGGCGUCCUGGGCCACAUCGACAGCGGCAAGACGGCGCUGGCCCGGGCGCUGAGCACCACGGCGUCCACGGCCGCCUUCGACAAGCAGCCGCAGAGCCGUGAGCGCGGCAUCACCCUGGACCUGGGCUUCUCGUGCUUCGCGGUGCCGCUGCCGGCGCGCCUGCAGGCGGGGCCGGGGCCGGGGCCCGAGGCCGGGGCCGGGGCCGGGGCCGGGCAGCUGCAGUUCACUCUGGUGGACUGCCCCGGGCACGCCUCCCUCAUCCGCACCAUCAUCGGCGGAGCCCAGAUCAUUGAUCUGAUGAUGCUAGUUAUCGAUGUGACCAAAGGAAUGCAGACUCAGUCAGCAGAAUGCUUGGUGAUUGGGCAAAUUGCUUGUCAGAAACUGAUUGUGGUACUGAACAAGAUAGACCUCCUGACAGAAGAGAAGAGACAGGCGGCUAUUGACAAGAUGACCAAGAAAAUGCAGAAGACGUUAGAGAACACAAAGUUCCGGGGUUCACCCAUUAUCCCUGUUGCUGCCAAGCCUGGUGGACCAGAGGCCCCAGAAACUGAGACUCCGCAGGGCAUUUCAGAAUUAAUUGAGCUCCUGAAGUCACAGGCUUCCAUCCCGACUAGAGACCCUUCAGGACCUUUCCUCAUGGCUGUGGACCACUGUUUCUCCAUUAAAGGGCAAGGCACGGUGAUGACAGGGACAAUCCUUUCAGGUUCAGUCAACCUUGGUGACAGUGUGGAGAUUCCUGCCCUGAAGGUAGUGAAGAAAGUGAAGUCCAUGCAGAUGUUCCACACUCCGGUCACCUCAGCCAUGCAAGGAGAUAGAUUGGGCAUCUGUGUGACCCAGUUUGACCCCAAGUUGCUAGAACGGGGGCUAGUGUGCACACCAGAAUCUCUCCAUACCAUCCAUGCUGCAAUUGUUUCUGUUAAGAAGAUUCCUUAUUUUCGAGGUGCUCUUCAGACGAAGGCAAAAUUUCAUAUAACAGUUGGUCAUGAAACAGUGAUGGGAAGGGUGAUGUUUUUCAGCCCAGCUCCUGAUCAGUUUGAUUGUGAGCCCCUGGAAGAGGCCUUUGACUUUGGAAAGGAAUAUCUAUAUCAAGAGCAAUAUUUGUCCAAGGAUUCCACCACUGCAGAGGAGGACAAGAAGAGUGACCAACCUGUAGAGAAGUGGCCAAAACAGCAGUGGGCUCUCCUGGAAUUCGAGAAGCCUGUCACCUGCCCAAAACUGUGUCUUGUGAUUGGCUCUAAACUUGAUACUGAUAUACUCGCCAAUACUUGCCGACUAGCUUUCCAUGGGAUAAUGCUUCAAGGGCUAGAAGAUAAGAACUAUACUGAGACUUUCCUGCCCAAGCUGAAGGUGUAUAAACUGAAGCACAAGGAGGGACAUGUGGAGCGGGUGAUUGACGAUUAUAGUGUGAUUGGUCGGUCCUUGUUCAAGAAGGAGACUAACAUCCAGAUCUUUGUGGGGCUAAAGGUCCGCCUGUCAUCGGGGGAGAGCGGAAUCAUUGAAAGCGGCUUUGGCCAAAGUGGAAAGUUCAAAAUCCGGAUUCCUGGUGAGUGUUGCUCUUUUCAAGAGGGUAUUCAGACAAGGAUCUGUGAGAUUCCCCCUGCUAGAGACCUCUUUGUACGUGACUCUGGGUCUAUAUGA